AUGGAUUUAGCUGCUGGAACUGGUUUAGUUUCGAAAUUAUUAAUUGAAUAUUUUAAUAUAUCACCAUUAUCAUUAUAUCUUGUUGAAUCAGCUGAAAGAAUGUACAGUCUUUUAACAAAUGAUUUACCUCGAGAUUAUUUUAAUUUUAUCCUUUGUAAUGCAUCAAUGCAUUUAAUGUCUGAAGAUAAUAUGUAUCCAGUUAUAUCAAAAUUACUUAAACCUAAAACAGGUUAUUUUAUUUAUACAAUAUGGUAUCAUUCAUUUGAUGAAACUGAACAUUAA